AUGCAAUAAUAGUUACAAAUAUCUUGUCCUUAUAAUUCUUAACACAUCAUGCAUCCUGAUAGACUUAUUUUUCACCUUUCCAAUGAAUGUUAGGAUAGUUAAAUGCACAAAAAUGCUUAAGAUAAUACAUAAGAAAAUUUCCUAAGAAUUUUCAGAGGUCAAGUAUUAAAUUUUAUGUAUUUAUUUAUAGUUUUCUAUGUAAUCAAACUAAGAAAAAUUAGAAAUCGAUAAUUAUCUAUUAAAAUAAGGGGAUUCUUAAAAUACAGAUUGUUAAUUUGACAAAUCUAUUCCCAAAAUAAAUGAGGAAAAUUAAAUCUAGACAUAAAAAUAAAUAGAUAAUUAAUUUAUUGAUUAAUUUAAAAGUCUAAAUUUAUAUUAUUAGAAUUAAAAUUAGAAAAAAUGA